CCGACCAAUACUCUUUGCAGUCGUUCAAUCGUCGCUGUUCCGCUCGGUUGUACUCCCCAAAAAAGAGGAGGACCAGCAGAGCAGAGAUAGUUAAAAACGGAGGCGCGGCUUUUGGACUUGAUAUUUGCAUGAAAUCGUGAUCGCGACGGAGAUCUUUCUGUACCGAAUCGUCGAUAGUGAGCGGGGGUGAUCUUAAAAAAAAACUUAAACGGAACGAAUUUUUUGGAAUGUAAUUUAGAAAGAGAAAAAUAAUUUUUCAUCAUCUCGCUGAAUAAGAAUCGCACAAUCGCUGUUUGACAAGUCGAGAUGACGUCCCUCGCGUCGCUUCUUCUCCUCGUUCUCCUUUCAGGUGUUCCUCCGAGUACCGAGGGAUCGGCCGACUGGUCUUAUUCGGGUUCGAACGGACCUGACCACUGGCCGGACGUUUGCUCAACCGGCGAGAAACAAUCUCCCAUCAAUAUUAUGAGUGACGACGCCGUCAAAACUGAUCUGGGAUCUUUGAAGUUUGUGCGCUACGAUUACGCCUACACUGCGACACUCACAAAUACGGGUCAUUCGAUACAAAUAACUCUCACGGGGGUGCCAAUGUUUUUGAAGGGUGGUGGCCUCUCGUCAACUUACGUCUUUGAUCAAAUGCACUUUCAUUGGGGCGCCGAGCACACGAUAGACGGUAACAGAGACGCUUUGGAGCUGCACAUGGUGCACUAUGCGAAGCAAUAUCCAAACUUUACGAGCGCAGCUCAAAACGAUUUUGGAUUAACCGUCGUAGCGGUUCUCUUUAAGCUGAGCGAUGAGGAUAACGAUGAUUUUUGGUCGAUUCUCGAAGCCACUGAACGAGUAUCGGCCUGGGUGGGAACGAGCACGACUCAAAUACAACGCAGAAUAAUACCGUCGCUCCUUUUACCAAAAGAUUACACGACCUUUUAUCGCUACGACGGCUCGUUGACGACACCCGGUUGUUCCGAGACCGUUACAUGGUUUGUCCUGACAGAGAAACUCGCCAUAUCCCACGCUCAGCUGAGUGUAUUCGAGAACGUGAUGUCAAGCAACGGUACACUGAAGUUCAACUAUAGACCCGUACAGAAAUUGGGACAUCGGGAUGUUUAUCACCGUUUGGUUGAUUAUUCGGGAGCUUCGAUAUCGACCGAGAGCAGAUUUUGUCUGACGAUACUAGCCGCAAUUUUCUCGUCGUUGAUGCUCGUCCGUUGAGAUGAAAUAACGUGAUGGAUCGAAUCGCUUACGAAUCGAAUCGAAUCACAGGCCAUGCACCGUCCGUUCCUAAAUUUCUAGUCCCGAUUCUGUUGUACCAAUUUACAUGUACGACUCAACGACAGGAAGAGAGAACAAGUGUGAAAGAUCCCGGAAUAAAAUGGAAGAUCGAGAGGACGCCGAGACAAAUCGUCGGAAAUGUA